UAAGCUAAUCACACACAUAUACAAGGUGCAAAAUCACUCAAGCUUCAUAGGUUUAUUAGCAAUGGCAUACUCACCGAAGCUAGCGUGCUUAGCUCUGGCUUUCGCGGCCAUCGUCGUCGCGCCGUGCGCGGCGCAGAACUCGCCGCAGGACUACGUGGACCUGCACAACGCGGCGCGCACUGACGUGGGCGUCGGCCCGGUGUCGUGGGAUGACACCGUGGCGGCGUACGCGCAGAGCUACGCGAAGCAGCGCCAAGGCGACUGCGCGCUGGAGCACUCCAGCGGUCCCUACGGUGAGAACCUCUUCUGGGGCUCCGCCGGCGCCAACUGGUCGGCGUCCAACGCCGUGGGGUCUUGGGUGUCCGAGAAGCAGUUCUACGACUACGACAGCAACUCCUGCACAGCGGGCCAGAUGUGCGGGCACUACACGCAGGUGGUAUGGCGCGACUCCACCGCCAUCGGGUGUGCCCUCGCCGUCUGCGACAACAAUGGCGGCGUCUUCAUCGUCUGCAGCUACAACCCGCCCGGCAACGUCCUCGGACAGAGCCCGUACUAGACACUAUCAUACGACGUGCAGCAUGCAGAGGUGCAUGCACCAAUGCACGAUGCAUGUUAAAUAUAUAUAUACACGUGCUGCCUAUAUGAAAAUAAAUUGUCAACUACAUACGAUAAAAUGAAUUACUAUGGAUAA